AAACAGCUAUUUGUUAGAAAUGCUCUCAUUUCAUCCAUCCAUAUGUCCAACCAUUUACAUAGCAAUUAAAAUAAUGAUAACAAAAUGGCGAAACUAAUAAAGUAGUAAAAGGAGUAGAACAUUCACCAAUGGGAGAACUACAAGUGUGGAGUAACAGUGUUGCUGGUGGAGGAGCAUCGGGAAUCGCGCACAGGCAUCACCAGCACAGUGCCUAUAAAAGGUGUGACACUGGGAGUGGAAUAUCAUCGGUGGUGAGGUUGAAGAAGCUUCUUGGUGCUGCUCCGGAGGCCCUCUUUGUUUCAUCAUCGCCAUCUCCGUUUCGCUUCAUCAGGAAGAAGAGGUUGAUAUCUAAGAUGGCUGGUUCUGAAGUAAAGCCACUCACUGCAGAUGUCGUCUCGGGGGACAUGAUCUUUCAACCUAUACUGGAAGAUGGAGUCUUCCGAUUUGAUUCUUCAAAUGAUAGAGAUGCAGCAUUUCCUAGUUUAUCUUUCAUAAACACCAAGGAUAGGGACGUGCCAAUCACGACUCACAAGGUGCCCGUAUAUACCCCAACAUUUGAAUGUCUUUUGGGUCAGCAGAUCGUUAAAAUUGAGCUUCCUGCGGGUACCUCCUUCUAUGGCUCUGGAGAAGUUAGUGGACAACUUGAGCGGACAGGAAAGAGAGUUUUUACUUGGAACACUGAUGCAUGGGGUUAUGGUCCUGAAACUACAUCUUUAUACCAGUCUCAUCCUUGGGUGCUAGCUAUUCUUCCCAAUGGAGAGGCACUGGGGGUUCUCGCUGACACAACACGACGCUGUGAGAUUGACCUCAGGAAAGAAUCGGGAAUACGAUUUACUGCUCCAUCCUCAUAUCCUGUUAUUACAUUUGGUCCAUUUUCUUCACCCACUGCUGUCUUGAUAUCUUUAUCUCAAGCAAUUGUUCAAAUAUUGUAA